UUCAGUUGUAAGGAGUGAACAAUACAUUCCCAAAAAUGGAAGCUCAAGCAUCUGUUGACAUGUUUGCUAAAGUCCUGGAGAAUCAGUUGCUUCAGACAACCAAUAUUGUGGAACAGAAGCUGGAUGCUGAGAUACAAAAACUGGAUCAGAUGGAUGAAGAUGACUUGGAGAGCCUCAAAGAAAAGAGACUUGAAGCACUAAAGAAAGCACAACAGCAGAAACAAGAAUGGCUUUCAAAAGGACAUGGUGAAUACAGAGAAAUACCUAGUGAAAGAGACUUUUUUCAGGAAGUCAAGGAAAGUAAAAAAGUGGUUUGCCAUUUCUACAGAGAUUCCAUAUUCAGAUGUAAAAUACUAGAUAAACAUUUGGCAAUAUUGUCCAAGAAACAUUUGGAGACCAAAUUCUUGAAGCUCAAUGUGGAGAAAGCACCUUUCCUGUGUGAAAAACUGCGUAUCAAAGUUAUUCCCACCCUAGCUCUAGUGAAAGAUGGAAAAACGCAAGAUUAUAUAGUAGGUUUUACCGAUCUAGGAAAUACAGAUGACUUCACCACAGAAACUUUAGAAUGGAGACUUGGUUGUUCUGAUAUUCUUAAUUACAGUGGAAAUUUGAUGGAGCCCCCAUUUCAAACCCAAAAGAAAUUUGGAAGCAACUUCACAAAACUGGAAAAGAAAACCAUCCGAGGAAAAAUAUAUGAUUCUGACUCUGAUGAUGACUAGAGUUCUGCUAGAAAUCUUUGUAAAUCGUCUUUUGUUUCUGCAUACAUCAA